CCGCGUACGAUCGAGUAGGCGCCCUCGGGUUGUUCGGUGUGCUCGGAGUUGCUGUGUUUGAUUCCGCCAAGCCCGGGGACUGGCGGUUAUCUGUCCGUUCGAGGGAACAUUUCGGCGAUCGUCACCAUCGUUGGCCGCGCAUUCGUGUUGUUCUAGCCGGAGCAGUUGGUUGUGUUGUCGCGGUUUCAGGCGGAAGAGGAAAUCAUGUUCGGUCUGUACGUGGCCCUGACGGUGUUGGCCGUGUGUCUGUAUUUCAAGUGGGACUGCAGCUACUGGCACCGGGUGGGCAAUGUGGCCGGUCCGAAACCGUUGCCGCUGUUUGGCAAUCUGCUGGAGCAGCUGACUGGGCGGAAGCAUUUCGGUGAGAUCUUCGGUGAGAUCUACCGCUCUUUCCCGCAGGCCCGCUGGGUCGGGUUCUACAAGCUCUCGAACAAACCCGCCAUCGUCGUCCGCGAUCUGGAUCUGGUGCGCGACGUUAUGGUGAGCCAUUUCUCUUCGUUCAACCAGAACGACUUCCACGUCGACGAAACGGUCGAUCCGUUGUUGGCCUUCAACCCGUUCGUUCAGUCUGGGGAACGGUGGAAGCUGAGGCGCUCGCAAAUGACCAGCAUCUUUACGAUGAACCGGGUGCGCAGUACCUUCCCGCUGGUCCAGCAGGUGGCGGAUGAUUUCGUGAAGUAUAUCGAGCGUACCAAGCAGCAGAAUCCGGACAUCGAGGCGAAAGAUCUUUGCAUCAAGUACACCGUGAAUGUGGUGGCCAGCGUAGCGUUUGGUAUCGAUGCGGAAUCGUUUACGAACCCGAACGCCGAAUUCCCGCGCAUGGGCAACGCACUCUUUGCACCUUCUUUCAUUACCGCGCUUCGGUCACAGCUGGCUCUGUUUGCACCGGAUCUGGCAAAGCUACUGCGUGUACCCUUCGUACCAGGAUACGUCGAUCAAUGGUUCCGGUCCAUGGUGCGUGAAACGAUCCGCCAGCGGAAGAUAGAGAAGCGACAGGAUCUGUUCCAGGCGAUGUACGAUAAUCUGUCGGAAAAUGGGACAGUCGAGGUGGACGAAAACUCAAUCACUGGACACUCGGUAACGUUCCUUUCGGAAGGCUUCGAAACCUCGAGCACGAUGAUGUGCUACCUGUUGUACGAGCUUGCGUCCAAUCCUUCCGAACAGGAGAAAGUAGUAAAAGAGCUGCGCACGGUGCUGAAGGAAACCGAUGGUAAGCUGACGGAGCCCACUUUGCAUAAGCUGACCUACAUGGAAGCGGCUAUGAUGGAAACGUUACGCAUGCAUAGUCCGGUUUUUACGCUGCCCCGUGUUUGCACCAAAGACUUUGAGCUGCCACCGCAGUUCCCGAACGAUACGAAGCAGGUAACGUUGCGGAGUGGCACCUCGGUCGUGAUACCAGUGUACGCGAUCCACAAUGACCCGGAGAUCUACCCGAAACCCAACGUUUUCGAUCCAGAGCGGUUCACGGAAGAUAAUCGCAGUUCGAGACAUCGGUAUGCGUUCCUUGGCUUCGGUGAAGGGCCUCGUCUGUGUUUGGGAAUGAAGUUUGCGCUCCAUCAGACCAAGAUUGGAAUAGCGACGCUGCUCAACCGGUAUAGCGUGUCACUGUCGCCGAAACAAGAACUUCCUUUGGAGUUUGCAAGGAAUUCAUUCCUGUUAGCACCCAAAUCAGGAGUUUGGCUUAACUUUAAGGAACGCCCUUAGUGCGGCAAUACGUAGACUGGUGUAGACUGCAGCAGCGGUAGCUCGACGAAAGUUAUUAGAAGAAAUAAAAUCCGUCGACAAUUUUAAUCUCGCUCGUGCUUUAAAAACGA